AAGGCUCAGUCAGAAAAGAUGGACGAGUAAAACAUUUCGUGUGCAAACAAGUGUUCUGCCGUCAACUGUCAAAUGCGGUGGAAAUGGACCAACCGGGCGCAGUUAGCAACCGAUGUGUACACGUACCGUUAUUUGUCAAAAACACGUCUGAUUAUAAACAAAUUGCUCACGUAGCGGAUGCGAUCAAAUGGAAAUUGUCCAUUUUCUAUAAUUUAUCAAAGCGAAGUGUAUACAAAGCACGGGGCAUGAUUGGUCGCGUGUCGAGGCGGUACUGCUGUUUCGAUGGAGUGUAGAAAAGUCCGACUGUGAGCCGCAACUGAGAGGUAUUAAGCGUUGUUACCCCGUCAACAAAUGGACGGAAUUAUGUCCAAAGGCAGCCUUGCCAGCCUGGCCACGGUUGCAACGGUUCUGCAGUUUCUUACUGGCACUGUGAUUUGUAAUCGUUACAUUCGGAAGAAAUCAACAGGAGACACAUCAGCCUUCCCCUUCAUAUCCGGAUUUCUUUCCUGUUUCAUGUGGCUCAAGUAUGGUGUCCUGACGGAGGAAAGUACUCUGAUACUGGUCAACUUUAUCGGAUCCGCACUGUUUUUCUCCUACACUGUGGUGUUUUUCAUAUUCUGCGUAAACAAGCGGGAGGUGAUACGCCAAAUGAUGGUCAUAUCCUGCAUCAUAUUGAGCGCCACGCUGUACACCUUAUUCGAGACGGACGAUGAGAAGUCGAUCCGUGUCAUAGGUAAACAAAACCACCGACCAUUUGGUAGAAAGAUUUUAACUUUCCAUCUACUUUACAUGCCUGCUUUAGGUCUGCUUUGCUGCUGUUUGGCGGUUUUGUUUUUCGCAUCACCGCUUACAAUGUUAGCGCAUGUCAUCCGUACCCAGAAUACGGACAGUCUUCCUUUUCCGAUCAUUGUGGCAUCGUUUUUCGUGUGCUUACUUUGGACGGCCUAUGGCGUACUUAUUGGUGAUCGAUUUAUACAGGUAAGAAAAGCUCGCUGGUUAGCUAAUGAUGGCUGGACUGUUCUCAAUCAUGCCAUUACCAUUGUAUAUUCCAUUACUCUUUAGAUUCCAAAUCUUCUCGGUGGAAUAUUGGCUGGAAUUCAGUUGACUCUGUAUGUGAUAUACCCGAAAAAGAAAGCUUCCUUCAGCGGUGGACCGCGGUAUUCACCUCUGGUAUCAGAAAACCCAAUUUUGUAGUAUUCCUAUGGUAUAGGUAAGCUAGGUAAGCAUGGGCCAGUGCGUAUUGUUAACAUUAUUUGGAUUAACGCACCAGUUAAUACAAUUUAGUUAUUAAAGUAAAA